GGUCACACCGGUCCGAAAACACAACCCCCCGCUCACCCCCCUUUCGAAUACUUGAUGGAAAAAAGUCUCAUCUGAAGCAAGGAUUCGCGCAAGGAUAGCGCCAAAAAAGGCAACUGAUAAUUGAUCCAACCCUCGGCGGCGGUCAGUGCGAGUGCACAGAGUAUCCGCAAACCCGUGGGCACGCAGUCCAAUCCCGGCAAGCGGCAAAAUCCGGAUAGAGCAGGGGCAAAAGCGAAACGAGCGUCGAAUACAGAACUUCGCAGGCAGGGGGCAGCAGGAUGUGGGACUCGUCCAUGUUUCUCAGCACGCUGACGCCCAAGUUCUACGUGGCGCUGACUGGUACCUCCAGCCUUAUCUCGGGCCUGAUCCUGAUCUUCGAGUGGUGGUACUUUCGCAAGUAUGGGACUUCGUUUAUAGAGCAAGUCUCCAUCAACCACAUCAGUCCCUGGAUCAACGGCAGCGAUGGCCAGUCGGAGUCGAGCAAUGGCAGCGGCAGCAGCAGCAGCAGUGGCUCCAGCAGCAGCAGCAAUGGCGGAGCAGGGGGUGGAGGAUCAGGAGGAGCAGGUGCAUCGGCCGGUGGCAGUGCCACCACCAGUACGGGCACCCAAAUGCCCGAGUGCAAGGUCUGGCGCAAUCCCCUCAAUCUGUUUCGCGGCGCCGAGUACCAGCGCUUCUUCUGGGCCACCAGCAAGGAGCCGUUGACGUACUACGACAUGAAUCUGAGUGCCCAGGACCAUCAGACCUUCUUCACCUGCGAGGGCGAUGCCCGCAAGGAGGAGUACGAGAUCAUGCAGACGGCUUGGCGUGAACGCAAUCCCAUGCAACGGAUCAAGUCCGCCCACAGUGCGCUGGAAAUCAAUGCGGAAUGUGCGCCAGCUUACAUACUCCUGGCCGAAGAGGAGGCCAUGACCAUUAUGGAGGCGGAGAAGAUCCUGAAGACGGCAUUAAAGGUGGCCGAGAUCAACUACCGCAAGUCGCAGGCCACACAGCACCAGGGCGCCAUAGCGGAUGGGAUGCAUCGACGGGACACCAAUGUGCUGAUCUACAUCAAGCGACGGCUGGCCAUGUGCGCCCGCAAGCUGGGCAAACUAAAGGAGGCGGCCAAGAUGUUUCGCGAUCUUACCAAGGAGAUACCAUCGAUCAUGAGUGUGCUGAACAUACACGAGAACCUGAUCGAGACGCUGCUGGAGAUGCAGGCCUAUGCCGAUUGCCAUGCCAUUCUGGCCAAGUACGACGACAUCUCGUUGCCCAAGUCGGCGACCAUUUGCUAUACGGCCGCUCUGCUGAAGGCGCGUGCCGUGGCCGAUAAGUUCUCGCCGGACAUAGCCUCCAAGCGAGGCCUCAGUCCCGCGGAGAUGAGCGCCGUGGAGGCCAUCCAUCGGGCGGUGGAGUUCAAUCCGCAUGUGCCCAAGUAUCUGCUGGAGACAAAGCGGCUGAUCCUGCCGCCGGAGCACAUUUUGAAGCGCGGCGACUCGGAGGCCCUGGCCUAUGCGUUCUUCCAUCUGAAGCACUGGAAACAGGUGGAGGGGGCCCUCAAUCUGUUGCACUGCACCUGGGAGGGCACGUUUCGCAUGCUGCCGUAUCCGCUGGAGCGCGGCCAUCUCUUCUAUCCAUAUCCCACGUGCACCGAGUGCGCCGAUCGUGAGUUGCUGCCGGCAUUCCACGAGGUGUCCGUUUAUCCCAAAAAGGAGCUGCCCUUCUUCAUUCUGUUCACGGCGGGACUGUGCUCCAUAACCGCCCUGCUGGCCCUGGCCACCCAUCAGUAUCCGGAGCCGAUGGGCCAUUUGGCACAGACCGUACUUACCUGGAUCUCGUAUCCGUUUCAGUUGCUCAAGGAGCGCAUCGAGGCGUUCUGGCCGUGCAAUCUGCUGCAGCAGUUGUCGCGCGUCUAAGCUGGUGGACACAUGCUCCUCCACUUUCCAUCCUCGAAUGACGUCACACACACUCACACAAAUCAAGAAACACCACACACACUCACACUCACACGCAUCCAUUUCCAUCUGGUUGAGAAACACCAGCGGGCAACAUGCCCCGAAACCACUCAAAACACAAACCCUUAAUACAUAACGCAUAUAUAUAUAUAUAUAUAAAUACAUAUAUAUAUUUUGGAUCUUAAUAUGUCUGUGUUGUCUUCGUGAAAUAAACAAAUAAACAUAAACAAAGCAAAAGAAAAGAAACGAAAAGAAAGCAAACACGCACACAACUAAAUAGUUCCAGCUUCCAAGUGAUCCGGAUGAACGAAACGAAUUUGCAGCAGCCACGCAAGAGGAAACUAAAUUAUUCUUAAGUUUUAUUAUUAUUUUAAUUAUUGUAAACAAGAACGAGAAGCGAGUAAACUAAAAUGCAGAAAUUA